CACACGGAACUACAGUGGAGAGGAAGGCCCCGAAGCUAAAGCAGUCUCCUUUCCAUUGUCGGCGGCGCACUCGCAGGUAUUCAGCCGAGCCGAGCAGAGCACACACCAACAACACACCGAUCUUAAGAUGCCCAAGUGUCCCAAGUGUGAUAAGGAAGUUUAUUUUGCGGAGAGAAAAACUUCUCUGGGCAAGGACUGGCACUCGGCUUGCUUGCGAUGCGAGAAAUGCAGCAAAGUGCUGACGCCUGGCAGCCACGCCGAGCACGAGGGCAAGCCCUACUGCAACAAACCCUGCUACGGUGCCCUCUUCGGACCCGGCGGUUUUGGCAGAGGCGGCACUGAGAGCUACGUGUACAAGAAGUAAAAAUAAUGUUUUCAUGAACCGUUCAGAAGUCCACCGAGUCAACUUAUUACUACAAGCAUACCUGAGGAGACGCUACUCCGCCGCAGAAACGAUUUUAUACGACAUUAUAAUAUCAGCUAGCAAAGUCACGAUGCGUGUCGUCAUUUCGCCUACUACUACAGUGCAUUAAACAAACGAAGCCAUAUUCGGCCGACCUCAUUCCAAGACGACAAAGAA